UGAAAACCUGUUAAAUCGAGCAACUAAAGAUUUUUGUAGGACUUUUCGAGAAAAGCCGCCAGUAAGUUUGGUUGACCUGCUUAAAAUGAAUUUGACAGUAUAGGUGUCUGCUGAUGUACGGAAAUUUUUUACAUUAACAGGAUAGAAGUGGUUUAAAUGAAAUUAUUUGCAAUUUUUUCAGUUUGUCGUCUAAUAGUUCGCUCUAUAACGAAGCACGCGUGAUGGUUCUCUCGUUUCAUGCUUUUUUUACGAUAUGAGUUGUGUGCUCGAGUAAUUUGUAUCAAGUACUCGAGCUAGAACGAAGAGUUUAUCGCCUGGUAUCAUCAACAGUUUUCUCGAAAACCUUUACUAGGAGCGGGUAUCGCGAAUUGGGCAUUGGAUUGAAGAGCAUCUGAAAAUGCAAGCUGACAAAAGAAGAAACGCUAGAAAGCUCGCAUCGCUCAAUGGCGACGAGGGGAAGAUAGACCAGGCAAGGAGUGGGGCCGAAUCGAAGCCAAUUAGUUUUUCUAGCAUACAUAGAAGAUGUAAAACCAAUGGCAGUCUCAACUGCUAUAGGGCGGGUGCGUCUAUGCUGAGUAGAGACUGUGGGCGUGACCUGGACGAGCAUUCUCGAGUACAGAGAUUCGAAUCUUUGUUGCACCGAGAGAAUGUAGACAUGCAUGCGCUGCGCGUACUGAGCUGGAAUGGCAUACCUGAGAAGUACCGAGGCUUGGUGUGGAGGAUGCUGCUUGAAUACUGCCCGCCGAAUGCGUUGAGGCGUGAGGUGGUAUUGUCCAAAAAGCGCGAGGAAUAUCGAGAGUUUUGUUUAAGGUAUUAUGUGAACAUGUCUACAAACACGUUGAGACAAGAUUGGCUAGAAAGUGCCAGUUAUCACGACAAAAUAUUUGUACACCAAAUCAAAAUUGACGUUCCUAGAACGUUGCCUCACAAUUCGUUGUUUUCAGAUUUGCGAAUUCAGGGCGCACUGGAAAGAGUGUUGACCUUGUGGUCUCUGAGACACCCGGCAAGUGGAUACGUCCAGGGAAUCAACGACUUGGUGACACCUUUUUUUAUUGUGUUCUUGAGGGAAUUCACAAUCAAGAACGAAAAGAAAGACGAUCAAGAUAAAGAAUGCUAUUUGGAAGAGGAAGACAAAUGCAUAUCUCCUGCAGUUCAGUCGUCUUGCACGGAAAAAGAAGAAUGUUGUACCAGGUCAACUCCGAAGAAAAAUGAAAAUUUAGAUAUUGACUUUAGUCUGAUUUCAGACCAAGAUCUCGCUAUCAUUGAAGCGGACGUAUAUUGGUCUAUGAGUAUGUUCAUCCAGUCUAUUCAAGACAAUUACAUUUUUGCACAGCCUGGCAUUCGACGUAUGCUCAAAGACCUCGAAAAAUUGGUAUCUAGGAUUGACGCACCUCUAUUUGUUCAUUUGCAAGCCGAAGGUAUUAACUUUGUUCAAUUUGCCUUUCGGUGGAUGAAUUGUCUCCUGAUGCGAGAACUCCCGAUGAGUAUUGUUAUCCGACUUUGGGAUACUUAUAUUUCCGAAGGUCGUCAGUUCUCCUCUUUGCACACCUAUUUUUGUGCUUCGUUAUUGAUUUCCUUCAGCAAGGAAUUGAGAGAAAGCGACUUCCAAAACCUGAUGAUGUUCCUCCACCACCUGCCAACCGAAGACUGGACGAUAGAGUCAAUAGAGCCUCUCAUUUCUCAGGCAUACAUGUGGCAAACAUACUAUAACAAUUCCCCUUCCCAUCUCAAAACCUUGUAACAAAAAAAAAACGCAAUUUUUUUAGUGACAAAGGAGAAACGUCAAUUUUUUUUGUUAUAUAGAUUAACUAUUUUUCGCGUUUCCUUCCAGUUUCAGCCAAUUAAAAUCCGUCCUGAAUCCUCAAAUCGGUAACCGCUUCAUCGCUUCUCUUCAACCAUCCUUCUUUUUUUUUUACCACACAACACCUCUGAACAUGCUCGUUUUGAUUGCGGGCGAUUUGCACAUCCCCCAUCGCACCUCCUGCAUUCCGGCUCAGUUCAGAAAGCUACUGGCACCCAAUAAGGUUCAGCACACACUCAUCACUGGAAACCUUUGCCUGAAAGAACAAUACGAAUACUUCUUCAGCCUGUGCAACGAUGUCCAUGUUGUCAAGGGUGAUUUCGACGAGGAAAACUAUCCGACUGAAAAAGUCAUAAAUAUAGGAGGAUACAAAAUUGGGCUUAUCCACGGACAUCAAAUCGUCCCAUUUGGAGACAAAGAGGCGUUCCUGGCCGUUCAGCGACGACUUGAUACGGACAUUCUGGUCUCUGGACAUACCCACCAGAUGAGCUCCUGGGAAGACCAAGGUAAACUGUUCCUUAAUCCGGGAAGUAUAACCGGUGCAUAUACAGGAUUCACUGCUCAGGUCGUCCCCAGCUUCAUGUUGCUAGAUAUCACUGAAAGCGGGAUUUGCGUGUACAUGUACGAGUUGAAGGAAAAUAUGAGUAUUAACAGAAUUUAUUUUGGAGGCCCUUCCACAAAACCGUCCUCCUCUCUGGACACGCCGAAUGAAGAAAAAUGCGAGGACUAAACUUUUACAAAUUACCUCUCGCUUAAUAAAUACACGUUUUUUACUGUAUUC